AUGGGUCCACUCUGUUUCCUGAUACUGAUUAAUGACGCUCUGACAAACACCCCUCACCGCUGGAAGUAUGUGGAUGACUGCACCGUGGCUGUGUCACUCAGCAACAAAAACCCAGACUACUCAGCACUUCAAACAACGUUGAACAGCCUGCAGGAAUGGUCGGCGGAAAUACUUCGGUCAGCCAAGAUGCUCGGAGUCACAGUGGACGAUCAGCUGACAUGGAAAUUACACGUUACUGCCACAGUGAGAUCGGCAGCCUACAGACUCUACAUGCUGCGCAGACUUAAGUCACUGGGCACACCAGCUGAUGAGUUAAAGGGGAUAUACAUCACCUUCAUCCUGCCCAAACUUAUGUAUGCCUCACCAGUGUGGUCUUCCUCCCUCACCUGCACUCAACAGCAACAACUGGAAAAUGUCCAAAAGAGGGCCUGCAGAAUCAUACUUGGCCCUGCCUACACUGACUAUGAUCACGCCCUAUCUACCCUCGAUCUCCCCACACUGGCUACCAGACACCAAGCGGCCCUCAUCAAGAUAGGUAGAGGCCUGCUGCGCCACUCACGGCUACGAAAUCUCCUCCCCCUUAACGCGCCCCUGCCAAUCCAUACCACACGACACAAACGUGGUCAUGCCACUCAAGGCCCCAGGAACUGA